UAGUGAAGGACUCUUUCUCUCUUCCUCCUCCUCCUCCUCCUCCUCCUCCUCCAUGACAGGUAGGAGGUAAUGGCUAAUUGGUCAGGUGUCCUCGCGUGUCCCACAUGGCGCAGUAGCCGCCAGGGACAUGUGUCUGUUUGUCAGGACACGCGACAUCACAGCGCCAGUUGGAAUUGUUAUCUCUCACUGUCUCUCCUUCCCUCACUGUCUGUAUUGCUGUCUAUAUGUAACACUGUCUCACGCUGCCUUACGCUCCCUCAUACACCCUCAUGCUACUUCACACUGCCUCUUAUUGCUUUACUUUGUUUUACACUACCUCACACACCCUCACACUACCUCAUAUUAACUCACACUGUUUUAAACUACCUCAAACUAUCUUACACUGCCUCACAUUACCUUAUACACAGCCUCACACUACUUCAUUUUACCUUGCACCAUCUCUCAUUGCCUCACACUACCUCACACUCAUUGCUUGCUAGUCAAUAACUCACUCUGCCUCACAGCCGCGCCACACACUGCCUCCACGCACAUGCCCCGUCCCGCGCCCCGCUGUUCUCUCUCCCUACACCAUCCAUCAUCGUUACUGCGGGAUUCUUUCCCCCUCCGCGGGGUGCCCCAGGCGUGGCAUCCUCCGUGCUUUGAGAGGCGGCCAUGAUUGCGCAGUGAGCCUUGAAAUAUCCUAGGGCGUCUGUGAUUGUAUUCGUCUAAUAUUACGGCUAUCUUUACCCCUUCCUUCGGUGUGUCCCCCCUGCGAUCAUCCCCCCACCCUCUCCAGGCCCCUCAGGCGAUGGAAAGGUCCCUGGCUCCACUCCCCGCCGCCAGACAUGCCCCACAGGACUUGCUGGUGAGCUCCCGCGCCUCUGAGAAUGUUGUACGCUAAGGACCUCGCCGCGGGUAUCCUACACCACGAGGAAGGACUCCCGCAGGACCCCAGACCCCUCCCUCACGUGGCCCCCCGCCCCCCCGGCCUUCACCCCGCCACGGAUCCGCACCCACACCCUGAAGCACGCGUGUUGCUCAGUGGCCGCGCCUCACCCCACGCCCCCACGACUGCACGCCCCGCCUCCACCCCCGCCUGCCCGCACACUCCAGCGCCGUGCAGUCCAGGCGAGUCAGACGCACGCCAGUCCUUGCACGCCUCGCACUCGCCUCUCCCACAGCCUCACUCGCCCCUCCCGCCACUCUCACAGCAUCACUCGCCCCUCUCCCAUCCUCAGUCCUUUUCUCACCCACUCUCAGCGCUCUCCCAGCCUCUCACCGCCCUCUCCCAGCCUCCCCCAGCAUACCCUCACCCCCACACCCCUCUGGACACCCCCCCGGGCAGCACAGGGAGGCUGGAUAACUCAGAACACACAAGGAUAAUUAGGAUAGCAGACACGGAGACUCAGAAUGAAGAUACGCAACACCACCAACACCAACAACACCAGCAACACCCGCACCUCCACACCCCCCCUCCCACUCACCCGCCUUCACCAGACUCCGGCGCCCCCCCACACCCCUACACCACGUCUGAAGGGGUGUAUAUUCUUCACACCUACGAUAAUUUACGUACCACGUCAACACCAGAGAGUCAACACCAGUCAUCACCACUCGCCUCUUCAUCACUACCACCUCCUUCUCCUCAAGUCACCAUCCCUAUCCAGUCACCACCGUGCCACACCACCAAGACGGAGAUCACUCACCACCACAGCGACUCACCACCACUGUCAUCACCAUCCCAGUCAUCGCAAGCCGCCAUGAAACCUAUGUUUUAUCUCCAUGACUCACCACUAUCAUCACCACCACCGUCACCACCACCACCGUACACCAUCAACCCUCUUUACUACAACUACCACAGGGACACACCACAUCACACCAUCACGCAUCACCACACGUCACCAUCAUCACUAUCAUCACCACAUCGUGCUUCUACUAGUGAUGACACGUGUCCCUCACCACCAUCACCAUCAUCACCAUACACGUUAGGGCAUUAUGGGGAGAGAGAGCAGAAGAUAGUGGAGGAAGAGGAGGAGGAGAAGGAGGAGGAGAAAGUAGAUGAUGAUGGAGAGAAGGAAAAGAACCGGAGGAGAAAAAUGGCUUCCGUGCUGUGGCCAUUUCCUGCUGGUGAUGACAAUGAUACUGACAGUGAUAGUGGUGAUGACGCCAACAAACAAACACCAGUGAGACAAAACCGAACCUUCUUGAGCGACAUUGAUAGUGACGAUAACGAUAAUGAUGGUGAUAAUGAUGGUGAUGAAGAUGACAAACACAGCAGAGACAGCGGAUGUGGUGAUAACGACAGUGACCACAAUGAGGAACAAACGAAAACGGGAAACAAAUCACCAUCAUUCACAUCACCACCAGAGCCAUCACCACCAAAACGACGACUAUCCCUCAACACCACCACCACCACCACCAGUAGGAUAUACGGAAGGAAACUGUCAGAGGAUAGCAUUCGAGUCUUCAGGAGGCAGAGAUCGCAGGAGGUUCUUUUGGCGAGGCGUGCGGCGAUUGCUAAGAAGUCCUGCAGUGUUGAUGAGGGCGUGGGGGCGAAUGUGCUGGGAAGACGUGGCAGUGAGGGUCUGUUCGCGCCCUUAAGAAGAUUGUCCGACUUAAGGCAAAUCACGCACACUCUUGGGCUUCACAUACACGGCUCGCUGCUUCACCUGGCCACUGAGAAAAGCAGAAAACAGUCCGAUCAGAUGGUCUCCCUGAGCUUCAGAACACUUGAGUCUUACAUCACCGAGGAGAACUUGGUUGGCCUGCAGACCUUCCUGGCGACGCGAUCUGUGGUUAUAGACGACAAGGACGAGAAUGGCGCCACGGCACUGCAUCUCGCGGCCAGCAGGGGCAAGCCAGAGCUAUGCAACGAGCUUAUCAUCCACGGAGCAGAUGUUAAUGCUGAGGAUAAUGACCAGUGGACAGCGGUCAUUGUGGCGUCCCGCGCGGGCCACAUGGACACAGUGGCCACGCUGGUGGACCACGGCGCCAACAUCCACCAGAAGGACAUGGGCGGCUGGACUGCUUUGAUGUGGGCGUGCUACAAAGGUCACAGUGAGCUGGCCCGUUACCUGCUGACCCGAGGCGCUGACCCAAGCACACAGGGUCAGCACCACAUGACAGCGCUGGUGUGGGCCGCUGGGAGGGGUCACACGGAGAUUGUUCACUACCUGCUGGACCACGGAGCGAAGUCAAAUGUGGGGGACAAGUUUGGUACGACUCCGCUCAUCUGGGCGUGUCGUAAAGGGUACUACGCCAUUGCUGAGGACUUGUUGAGGCACGGCGCUAGUGUGGAUGCCUCUGGAAUGUACUCCUGGACACCCCUACUGGUGGCGACACGAGGGAACUAUGUCGACCUGGUGAGUCUGUUACUGGAGCACAGACCGAACCUCAACGCGAUGGACAAGGACGGUGGCACAGCUCUGACUAUCGCCUGCAAGGAAGGGUACACAGAAAUUGCCACAGCGCUCCUCAACGGUGGCGCCUAUGUCAACAUGCAGGACCGCAAUGGAGACACAAACCUGAUCUAUGCAGCGCGGGGUGGCCAUCGCGCUGUGGUGGAAGCUUUGCUCAAGAAGUAUGCUGAUGUAGACUGUGUGGGCAAGGACAGGAAGACAGCGCUAUACUGGGCUGUGGAGAAGGGCCAUACCUCUGUUGUAAAGAUCAUACUAAGUGCCAACCCCAACCUGGAGCACACCACCAAGGAGGGCGACACCUGCUUGCUGCGCGCUGUGAGGAACAAAAACGCAGAGGUGGUGCAGCUCCUCAUUGACAAGAAGAGCAAGGUGAACGUAGUGGACAAGAAGGGUGACACUGCGCUCCAUAUAGCCAUGAGGGGACGCUCUAAGAGAAUAGUGGAGAUCUUGCUAAGGAACCCCAAGAACAGCCAGCUCCUGUAUCGCCCCAACCGCUCUCUGGAGACGCCUUACAACAUUGAUCUCUCCAACCAGAAGACAAUCCUCGGACAGAUUUUUGGAGCACGUCGUCUCAACACCAACGAAGACAAUGAGAACAUGCUUGGCUAUGACCUGUACUCCUCCUCCCUGGCAGACAUCCUCAGUGAGCCCUCCCUCUCCAUGCCCAUCUCCGUAGGCCUCUAUGCCAAGUGGGGCUCCGGCAAAUCCUUCCUUAUACGUAAACUUAAAGAGGAGAUGGGUAGUUUUGCCAAGCAGUGGGUGGAGCCGCUGUUCCAGAUCUCCCCCCUGGCAGUGCUGGUGGUGGUACACAUCGCCCUGCUGGUGGGCCUCCUCACUGCCGUGCCCUCGUUCAACCUCAUCGUGGGCCUUGCGGUUGGUGGCAGCAUCUUCAUCCUCCUCACCGUCUUCCUCUUCAUCAUAAGCCACAGCUCGAGAAGAUACGACUGGAAUCUCUGGUACCGGUGGAGCGUUGGGCUGGAGCGGCAGAUGUCAGCCUUCAAGUUGGUUCUCCAGGUCAUAUUCUGCUCUCCAGCCGGCGCUCAGCGGAAGGAGUGGAAGGACGGGGUGCAGGCGCGGCCGCUGAAGUUCAUCUUUGCCGAGGGGGCCAAGCCGAGCAGUACAGCAGCGGGGGAGAACUCAGUGGUGCAGAUGCUGGGCUCCCUCUUCGACAUGGUGGAGAGAGAGUACGGCAUGUUUGCUACCAGAUUCUACCGAGCGUUUAGACCGAAAGCGCAAGGCACCUCAUCCCCCUGGAAAUACCGUCGUCUAUGUGGCAUUCCUUACGUGGUCAUCUUCUUCGUGACGCUGGCCUGUCUUGUGGUGGUGGGGGUGAUUGGGGGUCUCUAUGGCUUUCACCCUGAGACGCCCCUGGAGAAGGGUGAGGUCAGAGCCACGGAGAGCAUGCUGGUUAGUGACGACAUUGAGGAAGAUGAUGAUGUCGCCAGCGGGGAAUCCAGUGAAGAGAACGAGUAUUAUGACAACCGGCCCUACCACGGUCACCUCAUGAAUCCUCUACUAAUAACGCUGGGGGUGCUGGUGGCGGUGGUGGUGGUGGCCAACCUUCACACCCUCGUCAGAAUGGUGUACUCCCUCGUCUUCUCCCAUCGUUGUCACCUCCUGCACUCUGUGGCCAAGCUGGAGACCAUUAAGACUGAGGGUUACCUGCAGACGCUGAAGAAUGAGGUCAACUUGAUGGUGGAAAUGGUGAAGUGUCUGGAUGCCUUCACAGUCCAGCAGACGCGGCUAGUGGUGGUGGUGGACGGCCUGGACAGCUGUGAACAGGAGAAGGUUUUGUCAGUGUUGGAUGCUGUACACACUCUCUUCACCGACUCCUCAGCGCCCUUCAUCAUCCUCCUGGCCAUCGACCCUCACAUCAUUACCAGGGCAAUAGAGCAGCACGUCCAUAGAGUCUUCAAUGAGUCUUCCAUAAGUGGCCAUGACUACCUAAGGAACAUUGUACACCUGCCCUUCUACCUGCAAAAUUCUGGACUCAGGAAGGUGAAACAGGCCCAGCAGGCUGCCGAGCGGAUGAGGGGCCGGUCGCAGAGUACGUGGCUGGAGGUGGAGACGGACUCAGUAAGCCUCGCCACCACCUCAGCUGUGGGAGGCAUCAGUCAUAUCCCCAUAGAGCGCUGUCUGUCCAAUGAUACCGGAUUCAGUAUUCCUAUCCCCGCCAACCGCCGCCUGUCCUCGGAAAGUGGCAUGAGUGCGUCACAGAACCUAAGACGUAAUAAUAGCAAGACCAGUCGACGCACUCUGAAGCCUUCGGACUCCAUUGCCUCCAGUAUUGGGUCGAAUCUCAAUAGGGUCGGUGGGGCGCAGGAUUUGACUAAGGUGUUGCUGACGGACGACUACUUCAGUGACAUCAACCCUCGGUCCAUGCGUCGACUGAUGAACGUCGUCUACAUCACUGGAAGGUUACUCAAGGCAUUCCACAUAGACUUCAACUGGUACCACCUUGCCUCGUGGAUCAACAUUACGGAGCAGUGGCCGUAUCGCGCCUCCUGGCUCAUCCUUUACUAUGAGGCCCAUGAGGAGGCACUGGAGGAGAAAACUUCACUCAAGGACCUCUAUGAAAAGAUCAAGAACCAGGUGCCCAUCUCUAAGGACAUGGACCCCCUGCUGGAGAUGGACAAGGAGGAGAAGAAGUUUGAGAUCUUCCUCUCCAUGCACAAAAACUCCCUUCACAUCUCAGACCUUAAAGUGUUCCUGCCCUUCACCAUCAACCUCGACCCCUUCAUCAGAAAAGUGAUCAAAGAGGACCAGCCCCAGUUUGAGGACGGACCACAGUUCAUUGGUCCGCCGGCUCCCUCCCCGUGGAGCUUCCAGCCAUACGACGGGGCCCCCAAGAGUGCCACCACCCCACGCAGACCGCCAAUGCGAGGGAACCAGAAGAACUCCACCGCCAGCCUGCCUCCACUUAAUCCGAUGAUGUGGGGGUACGGCCCGCCUCCCCCCUUCAUGCCAUCCAUCCAGUCCGCCUCCUCCGUCGAUCUCCACCAUGUGCCAAUCACCGUUAAUCCAGUUGCCGGUCUCAGCCCCACUCAUGCCAGUCUGCCGCCUGAAGUAGCGGACAAGAAGCUCUCCACCUUAUCUGUGGAUGGGCUGUUUGAGGUAUUCAGCAAGGUGGAGGGGGUCAGUGCCUCUUUGCUGCCCACUUACAAGGAGAAGCUGCAGGAACAUAACAUUAACGGCAAGGUUCUUCUCCACUGUGACCUGGAUGACUUGAAAAAGGUACUGCACAUGAACUUUGGUGACUGGGAGCUGUUCCGCAUCCUUAUCUUGGGCCUGAGGGAACGCGAGGUCGACGACGACUAUCUCACCAAAAACGUUCGCUUCGCCGACCACUCCCACGGUCACCAUGACGACCUAGACACCCCCGAUGGUUCCCUGGUCCAUAGCAGCCUCACCAGUCACCCCGGCAGUAUGGAGGGCUCACUGGCGAGACGGGGCUCAAGCCGCACCUCGUCAAUGCUGAGCAGUAGUGGUGGCGUCAGCAGCGGCAAGGAGAGGGACGAUGCACACAACUCAAUCCGCAAGACCACCAAACAAAACCUCUUGGCUAAGCAGGUACGUGGUGUGGAAUUCCUCUCGCCAAGUUGUAAGUGUGACGGUGUGAGGGCACGCUGCCUCCACUGCCCCCUGCCCUCUGGUCGGGGGAGCACGAGGCGGUCUAGUGGAGGUGACGCCAGCCUCGCCACAAUUACCCUCACUGGCACCACUGCGUCGGGCUCCAGCUUCAUGUCCUCCAUUCACAACGCAAACUUCUCUUGGGGAGGAUGUGAGCAGCAACAGUGGAGAGGAGGACCAGAACCUCCACCACCACCUCCACCAGCACCUCCACCACUACCUUCGGGACCCAGAAGACCCCCCCACCUCACCCUCUGCCCCCCCUGCAUCCCAUUACUGGCUGUAGAGACUGGAAAGAGAGACAAGAGAGAUAAGAGAUAACUUUGCGUCAGUGGUUCCAGUAUGUCAUUUACCGAGAGACUAGAUGAGUUUGUGACCUUGAAAGAGAUGAGAGAGACAAUAGAGAGAGAUUUUAAGAGACCCAGAGAACGUUGGAACAUGUUUUUGGGUUCUUGGGACCCAAAAAAUAUCAGAAAAGGACCAAAAAGACAGAUUUAAAGACCCAGAACCAUUGUAACGUUUUUUUGGGCUCUGAUGAUGAAAAAAAGACUAGAAAAGAACCAAAAGAGAGAGAUUUAAAGACACAGAAAUGCUGGAACAUGUUUUUUUUGGUUUCUUGUGACCAAAAAAGACCAGAAAAGGGACCAGAAAAGACCUCAUUCCUUCGUCACUGGACCACAGGAACACCACAGACCAUAUUUAUAUCUUGUGUCUUCAUUACCAGAGAAAAAAAUGGGGUGUUUGUUUAUAUCUGGCUACAGUGAUUGCUUUGUUCCUUUCCCGGUGAACAGAACUUUGCACCAGUGUUUGUUCUGCAGAGAGAGAGAGAGAGAGAGAGAGAGAGAGAGAGAGAGAGAGAGAGAGAGAGAGAGAGAACAGAAAGUGGUUUACUCGUAGACCAUUCUUCCCCCAGAGACUAGAGAGAAAAAAAGUGACAUUUAGAGAGAGAGAGAGAGAGAGAGAGUUAACAUUCCAUCUUCACUUCUUAGAGGUGGAGGAGAUAUUGUGAUAAAAGCAAUAUUAGAUAACGAUAGGAGAUAGAUGGAUAGAUAAAUAGAAGAGAGGCGAUUAGCGUGUCUCUUCAAACCCUGUGCAUUAUUAUCAUUAGGUUGUAUGUGACUUCCUCUUAUCAUUACCCAACCUUUGUAUGUUUAGAUAAGGAUGUAAAGAAGAGGUGCCUCCCCUAUCUUCUUUAUCUUAGUUGCCUUGUACCAUAUACCUAUUAUUAUUAUUAUUAUUAUUAUUAUUAUUAUUAUUAUUAUUAGGUUUGUUAGUGCUGGUUCAUGCUGGCUGUGAAUGAGAGAGAGAGAGAGAGAGAGAGAGAGAGAGAGAGAGAGAGAGAGAGAGAGAGUAUAGUUUCCUUCUCAUUAUGUAUUUGGAGAAAAGUGAUAAAAUAGAAAUAAGAGGAAAAUGAAGAGAAGAAAGAUAGAAGAAGAAGAAAGGAGGA